AAGUCAAUUCCAUCACUAGCCUAUGUAGAAAGUAUUCUUUUUCGUUGUUGUUGAGACAAAAAUGUUGACUACUCGUGUUGAUGUUGUAGUCGAUUGAUUCUACUCAUGUCAACGUACUUUCUUUGAUAACUUAAGUUAUUACAACACUAACAAUUGAACACUUGUCUAUAAAAAUAAUAUAUAUACUUGGAAUCUAAAUCUAUUGAAUAGAAUCUGCUAGAAUAGAUUCCAGGAAUAGAUUUAGAUUUGAUCUAGGGGUCUUGCAUCUUAAUUUAACAAAAUGACUAAUGCCUAUUCCUUUGAGGGGAUAAUUAUUAUGAGUCUUCUUGUAAUCUGCACAUGUGCUUACAUGAGACGAAUCCCAAGAUUAAAACAGUGGUUUUUGUCUGAAAGAAAAGGUUUUUUGGGAGUCUUCUAUAAAGCCUCUGUGAUUGGAACAAGACUUCAUAUUGGAGUAGCAUUAAUGUGCAGUUUAAUGGCAUUUUAUGUUAUGGUCUUGAAGUGAACUGAUCUAUGCAAUAUUUUUUAUAUUGGGGGACUUCUUUGAAUUAUAAAUAUGUGAUGUGUGGAUGAUGAUUGUGCAAUGGGAUGUGAACUGAAUGAAUUCCUGAAAGUGAACUAAACUGCUUGCCUUAUGAGUGUUCAGGUUUGGGUGUUAUUCUGUCAAAGUGUGUAGUGUGAAAGUGUAUUACCAUUGCCUGUAAAUAAAAAUGUAUUGUUUUUUUUUUGUUUACUAAAUCACUGAUGCUCUUCAUUUUAUUGCUAUUUAUAUCAGACAAUAUACAUUGUUGAUACUGACAAUAAGUUUUAACUGAAAUAUUGUUACAAAUACAUUAAUUUAUAUAUCUAUGCUAGUGGGACACUAAUAUGUUAAUUAAAACAUAAAAAAAAAAUGUUUUAUUUUUUCAUUUAUUCUUCCUACAUGAAAAACUAUGCCCUUAUCUAUGCAUGUCUGUUUCUCUUAUAAUAGCCUUAUGUAAUUAUUAUUUUUCAAAUAAUGAUUAUCAAUAGCAGAAGAGUUCAUUUCAGAAACAUGUACAAUUUAGCAUUAUAUGAUUUGUUGUAAAUGUUAGUUUUAAUUGAAAGGGAAGUCUCAAUCAUUCCGCCAAUUAAACCUUGUACAAUUCAAUCAUUCUGCCAAUUAAACUUUGUAAAUAAACUUCAUAA